AUGAAAUCCUGUCCAACAAAUCACAGUGAAACUACAAAUCAUCCUCCAAAAGAUUACUGCACAGAAACUAUAAAAGCCAACACAGGAGUUCAAAUGGUGAAUUUUUCCCUGAAAAGCAUCUCGGUCGUGGUGCAUGGGCGGUGGCUGCUGCAAAAACACGUGUGCGCCUCAGUAACCGUGACACGUCCAGUUCAAUCUUCAAGAAGAUCCUCAAGAAGUGCAAAUCCAAAACAUAAUGAUUUGAAAAUAGUAGGAUCAACCACAUUUCCAGUCAAAAUUUAUGUCAAGUUGAAUCACAACAGUCCACGUAUUCUGUGUGUAACAAAUCGGCUACGAAAUUCAGAGCUGAUCGAUCCAGUAUUCCAGUGGCAUGGACCAGAAGGUGACCUUGUUGCAGAAAAUAGCAGUGUGAAAAUAACACCAACAGGAACCCUAAUAUUCAGACACUUCAAAUAUGACAUGAGUGGAGUUUACACUUGUUCCCUCGUUUUUAAACCAACUGAAGAACAGGCUGAAAAAAACUAUUUGCUCAAAUAUGUUAUUUAUGCUUAUUCUGAUCCUAACUUUUACUAUGAGUUUACAGCCCGGUAUCAUGCAGCCCCCUGCAACAGUAUCUACAAUAUUUCUUUCGAGAAGAAGUUGCUUCAAAUACUAAGCAAACUUGUCAUUGAACUUUCUUGUGAGGUUACUUUACUCAAGUCAGAGUGUCAUCAUGUAAAAAUGCAGAAAGCAGGUUUACAAAAUGAAAUCUUCUUUACUUUUACAGUUUCUUCUUUAGAUUCAGAAAAAAGCAACAAUCCAUGUCAAACGAAUUGUGAUACUACUAAAAGAUUAAACAAGGCAAAAGAUCUUAUAGAGAGAUUUUUUAACCAACAAGUGGAAGUUCUGGGGAAACGUUCUGAACCCUUACCUGAAAUAUACUAUAUUGAAGGUACUCUGCAUAUGGUCUGGGUUAAUCGCUGCUAUCCAGGAUUUGGAAUAAAUUCUCUAAUACAUCCAGAUUGUCCUGAUUGUUGCGUUGUCUGCAGCCCAGGAACAUAUAAUCCCCAUGAUGGAGUUCACUGUCUUCAGUGCAACCAAACUUUGAUAUAUGGAGCAGCAAAAUGUUAGCAGAAUAUCAUACAUGGCUCUAAUGUACUUUAUUUUUAACAUAGUAACAUCAGUACAUGUAUUUUAACACCUUGUACAGAGAAUUUUGAAUACAACAAUGUUUUUUAAAGGAGUAAUAUCUAGCCACUUUAAUAAAAUAAUAGGUCUUAUGCUAUUUUUGAGUAUUUGAUUUUUUUU